AAAAGAAGGAAGGAAAGAAGAGAAAGAAGGAAAACAGAAGUAGGGAAAAACACAGAGAGAGGAGAAAAAAGAGAAGAGGUGAGAUUUUGCGUAAGGGCAUGUGCUAAUUAUAGAAGUUCUCUUCUACAUGGAGUUGCCUCAACAACUCUUUCACUUUUCUUAUCCUUCCUCCAUAUUUCUUCCUUUUGCAAUUGGAGCACCUCAUCCGCUGAAAGUCUGCCGCGGACGCCACUGUUCUGGUGCCCUAGGUUGCGACUUUGAUUUAGAUAUGGUCAUGUACUUCCUUUGGCGUCCGCCUCCGCCUCCGGCUCCCUAUGUGUCUUCGCUUCAACUGGCCCGGGAUUUUUUCAACAAAAUGAAAGAUGUCAGAGCCAUACUACUUUUAAGCCUCUCGUUGCAAGUCUUCCUAGUACUUGUUGCCCCCUUGAGAAAAUCCACAGGCAAAAAAUGUUUACUUUUGAUUAUUUGGUCUGCUUACAUGCUUGCCCAAUGGACUGCUACUUUUGGUGUUGCCCUCAUCAUUCAAAAGCUCGGUGACAACGACCAAGGUAAUGACGAAGACAAUUUUCGUUUGUGCCAUUAUGGGCGCAAAGGCCAACUAGAUUAUGCCAAUACUGCUUUGCUCUCAUGUUGGGCUUCCUUUCUCUUGCUACACCUUGGCUACACCAGUAACAUUAUUGCUUUUGCUCUGGAAACUAGAGAGUGGCUAAGUCAUAUGUAUCGUCUCAUUUUCCAAGUUGUAGCCACUCUUUUUGCCUUGGCUCUUUUGUCAUUUUCAAGUAUGCCAGCAAUUCUCAUAUUUAUUGCAGCAGUGAUCAAGAAUGCUGAGAGGACGUUUGCUCUAUAUCUUGCGAGUCAGGACAGGUUCAAGAAACCAAAUCCUGAUUCCAAGUAUGGAAGGCCUACGGAGGAAAAUGAACACCACACAACUGCUGAAAUUACAACGGAGGUAGGUGGAGUACUAGAUGACUCAGAAGUUAUUCAAUAUGCUUAUUACAGCUACAAAGUUUGUAGGGGACUCGUGUUCGAUCAAAUUUACAACUUCAGGGGGCAAACUCAAAUUCGAAAACUCUUCUCCUCUAUAGAAGCAGAAAACGCUUUAAGGUUAAUAGAGGUUGAGGUCAACUUCUUCUCUGAGGUUCUCCAAACAAAGUCUGAAUUCGUGCAUUCAGUGAAAGGAUAUGUUUGUCGAUUUCUGGCCUUUGCGUUAGUUGCAACUGCCUUUGUAUGGUUCCAGUGGGAACGAGCGUCGUUUAAAGGCAAAUUUGAUAUUCAAAUGACAUACAGUUUAUUCCUCUGGGUCAUAUUCCAAGAAGUGAUGGCUUUCAUCAUGGUGGUUUUCUCUGAUUGGACAUUUGCAGCUCUUGUGCCUGAUGCCCUCCCUCGUGGUACCCCUGUGAAUGUGAAGUCAAGCAUGAGCAUGAGAAUCCAUUACCAUAGAAGAGAUUGCUUUAGCAUUCUAAUUGACAAAAUCAUUCAUUUGUCUGGUUUUGUUAUCAACUCUUUAUGCCUUGCCCUUCUUUUUGAAGCUGCAGCAGACAUCAUCAAAAAAGCCAUUAAAUAUUUGGGCAAACACAAGGCCUUUUCCUGGCCAGGCGUUAUCAUUGCCAGAGGAAUUUGGAGCUUAAUCAUCAAGUGUUUGUGCUUCAUUGUCGGAAAAAUAUUUCAAUUUCUCUUGCUUAAGGAUUUGUUGGACGAGAUGAAGUAUGUCUCCAGAGAACCAUUAACAAAAGACUUGUGGAAAUUUAUCUUCUCAGAGCUGAAACACAAGUCCAAGUAUGCAGAUAAUCCAAGAAACAUUCGGCGAUUAUGUACUGCUAGAGGUGAUUGGGUUCUGGAGGAUAAAGCUUGGGAAAGCUGUUCAAGAGAGUUAAUUCCAUAUCUGGCUGACGUUAGUUAUGACUACAGCCUCCUUUUAUGGCACUUUGCAACUGAACUCUGCUACAAUACUAAUACCAAUGAAGUUAAUAAUGAAAGUCCUGAUGAAUGCGGAUUCUGCAGCAACAAUUAUCGUGAAUUCAGUAAGAUUCUCUCAGAUCACUUGCUUUAUCUUUUGUUAGUGGAGCCAAAAAUAAUGUCUGCUGUGGUUGGAAUUGGAGGAAUAAUAUUUCAAGAAACUUGUAAUGAGGCAGAAAGAUUCUUCACUAAGAAUGGUUUAGGACCAGAACAACUAAAGGAGUCAUGUAAACAAAUUCUGUCUAUGAAUACAAAUCCUGUGAAUGAAGUUACAAGUCAGUCUGUGUUGUUUGAUGCGGUAAAUUUGGCCAACAAGCUAAAAACGUUGCAAAAGGAAAAUGGGGUAGACAUAUGGAAGCUCCUUAGCAAAGUAUGGAUGGAAAUGUUGUCAUGUGCUGCAUAUCAUUGUCCUUCACAUGAGCAUGCUCAGCAAUUAAGUAAAGGUGGAGAGCUCAUUUCCUUUGUUUGGAUUCUGAUGGCACACUUUGGCCUUGGGGGUCGGUUCCAAGAUCUGAGAAUUCAAAAUGAAAAUGUUUGAUAGAUGGUCGCUCAUGAGUCCUUGCGCUUGGAUUAAUAUUGAAGGUUGUAAUGUUGUUUUUGAGGUAUGACUGUAUGAAAAGGAUUUGAAGGUGAACCUGAAAGAUCUGCAGACAUUAGAUUUCAAGAAUUUGCCUCUAAGUUCUUAUCCUUGCCUUUAAUUUUGAUUUUUUGUAGUCUUAUAUUUUAAUUGGGAAAGUACACUAAAACUGCACUGCAUGC